GAGUAUUAUUAUUUAUUUUUUUCUUUUUUAUCCCCCCUCCUCCUACCUAUCUCCAAUCCUUUCGAGAGUUUCCUCUCCGAGAAAGAGGAAUAUUCCAUAUAUACAUUUAUAUAUCAAAAGAGGAGCACCCGGCCAAUCAAGAAAUGAUUCACCAAAACAAAUCAGAUGCCAUCAGCCGGUCGAUCACUACCAACGACUCGUCCGAAAUCAUGGCGAUUGCAGCGUCCCCACGAUAAGGGUAACAUUGCAAAAGGCGAUCAAGAAAAGUAUCAGCAUAAACUGUAAUUACCGCCUCACCCCCCUCCCCCCCCCCCUUCCCUCUGACCAGCCAACCACCCCUACCCCUUUUAUCAAUGGCACAGCAUUGAAUGGUAAUAACGGGCGGAACAACAGUCUGAAAGCCGUCCAAAACUUCGUUAUAGGCGGGAAUCAGCCAAAUCUCGAUAUAAUCGCAAUCUCUUUUGAGCAUAAAUGUUUCAGCGAGGCCAGAAACAGAGUACUCCCCUCCUCCCCCCUCCUACAACCCCCUCACUUUGCAUCCUCGUCAUCACCAUCGUCAUCACCAUUGCACUAACGCUGACAUGUGUGAAAAACUACAAAGGCAGAGUACAUAUCUGCGAUAAACGCCAAACUCCGCGAAUGGAACUACGACGACAUAUCUGACGAUGAUACCGCACCCUCCUCCUCCCCACAGCCCAGCGUCAAAAAGCAAAAAACGAUCUCCCCGUCACCACCCUUACCCACUGCCUCCGCCAGCACCAUAACGAGCAACGCGACUACCACCACCACCUCCACCAAUACCGCCUUGUCCUCAUCGCCGAGUCAGCCCUCUAGCCCGCCGUUGCCACUACCCUCACAUCCGAUGGAGACGAUCAAGACCAUGACCACGCAUUUACCCACACCUCCCCAAGGGAAGAUCCCAGGCGGGGGAGGAGGGGGAGGGGGAGGGGACUUUGUGCACUUGUUUGAUCCAAAGGUGCUCGACAAGAUCGAUUUGAACGAUCCGGCGAGACGCGCGGAAUGGGUUGGGGCAGUAUGGGAGUACUUCAAUGGUGGGGGCAGGUGGGGCUCAGGGCGGCGGGACGGGGAGAGAGAGGAUGGUGAUGAGAGCAUGGUGGACGGAUGGGAUCGAGAUGGGGGGUGGGUG